AUGCAUAUGAAACGAGUAUUUGAUCGAUCUGAUAAAGAUGUUCAAACUAUAUCAUAUGAACUCCGAAGACAUAAAACAUGGCAUGGUUUCAAUGCGUUUAGUUUGAAAGAUGGGCUAGAAAUGCUAUUUUCGCUUCUUAUACCAGCAGCAAUUGCUAUUAUAGCUAUUUUUAUACAGAAACAUGACAUGGAUAUGAACAUUAAGAAUCGAGAAAAUGACUUAUACAUCAAUCAAUUACAACGUGAUAGUGAUGAACAACUAGCUCUUUAUCUAGCAAAUGAAACUGUCUUUAGUAAUUAUGUUAAAAAUAUGGGUGAUGUUAUUCUAUAUAGCCCAGUUCAAUUUCAAGGGCAACAAUAUAUAGUAACACGUGCAUUAACAUCCACUAUUUUACGACAACUUGAUGUGGAUAGGAAAAGAUUAGUUAUACAAUUUUUGUAUGAUGCUACCAUUUUACGACGUUAUACAAGUAUAUUUGAUACACAUACAACAAGUGAAAAUGAAAGAAAUUUAGAUGGUGUAGUUUUAGAUCAAGUCAAUUUCAGUGGUGGUUUAAACUUAUCGACAAUUGUGUUACGAAGUGUUUCAUUAGUAAAUGCCACAUUUUCUAAUUCUAAUUUAGAUGCAUCCGAUUUUUCUAAUUCAAUAUUAACUGGAGUUAAUUUUUCUAAUACAAAAUUAACUAGAGUUAAAUUUCUUAAUGUAGAAUUACAAAAAACGGAUUUUACAGGAGCAUCUGUAAAAAAUAUUCAAUUAAUUCGAGCGAAUCUAAGCCAAUCGACUAUAACUGAUGAACAAAUCAGUCAUGCUUUAUUUGUUUAUAAUACAAUUUUACCUAAUGGUACUUAUGCUCGAAAUAAAACAUUUAUUCAGAAUGGAGAUACUAAACAAGGUUUAAGUCAAUGGAAUAUUACAUCAGGAAUAAUUAAAGUCAAAGAUUCUUAUUUUAUGGGUAACAAUAAUUCAACCAUGUUUCAACGUAUAAAUACAACAGAUGCAAGACUUUAUAGUUCGCAUCUAUCAUUUACCUAUUGUUUAUCUUUUCUCUUUCAUGGACAAGAAAAUUUAAUGAUUCAAAUAAUUCAAUUAAAUCAAACGCGAGCCAUUAUCGGUGUAAAUAAUAUUAGUAAAAGUAAGUUGAUUUCUGUUAUUAAUAUAAUAAAAUCUGCAACCUAA